GCCCUCAUCGGGCUGCUGAAAGGACAGCUCGACAGGUGCGGUCCAGAGCACCUGCACGGGCAGCCGACGUUCACUCCAGCCUGCCCCGAGCCAGGGUACACCCGGCUGGAGCUAGGCCUCUCGCUCGUGCUCGGCCUGGUCCUGGGCGCUGUGCUCCGCGAGGCCCUGGAGACCCUGCAGGUGGGUACACGGGUCCUCGCCUACUACGAGCAAGAGGACAAUUACUGGCAUGAACGGAUUUUGGUCGGCAGGAUCACUGCGACGAGAUGGGUGGUGGUCACACCACACUUUGACAUCUACGAGGAAGACUUCGCGGACGCCCUGCAGCUCUGUCCAGUCGGCCCCCUCGGGGGCCUGCCCACGAAGCUCUCGGGCCACAUCCUCCGCAUGGACAUGUACCGCUACAAGCGGAACGAAGCGAGGCUGCUGGCUGAGGGCAAGCAGCUUGCUAGCGAGAUCCGCCGGGAGGAGGGCCUCCCCGACGAGCCACUCGGGGCGCUCGCGCCACCGCCUGCACCUGGCGGGGCUCUCGCCGAUCGUGCUGACGCUGGCGACGCUUCUCGCUGGGUUGCCUUGGAGGCCCGAGCUGGCUACCGACCAGGCGACGAGCUUCCAGCAGGCACCGUGCCCGUCGCCAUUCUUGGAGAUCGGGGGAUCUGUGAGCUCGCCGAUGGCACCAAGCUGGCAGUCGCGAAGGCCGACACCUAUGAGGGCAGUCCGACCCCCCGGCAGGAGCGUCAAGCUGCAGGGCAGGAUCUUCGGACCCUUCCUGUCAAGUACGACGCCGGCGGCACCAGGGUCAGGGACUUCGCCGAAGCGGUGGACAUCAUGUCCUCCAACCCGCAGCUGGACUUCCCUGUCCUUGGGCCGCGGACGACCUUGUGGCUGGUGCAGCAGUUCAAGCGGCUGGGCCAGACCCCCCUUCAGCGACACAUGUGGUGGAGGCAGACCCAGAACCUCACCGCCGCGGAUGCUGGAGUUGAUGAACAUCAGUUCCUUUCAGAGCUGCUGGAGAUGGGCGCCGAAAAGGCGCGGUUCGCAGUGCAGGGGGCUCAGCUUGGCUCGACGAGCGUGAGAUCUUCUUGGGACAAGAGCGUGGGCGUGGUGGAGCUUUGGUUUGUCCUGCACUUCAGAGCUGGGUGGCAGCCCGUCUCCAGGAGGAGGCAGCAGUACUCAAAGAACGACGCAAAGGACGUGAAUAACAUGUUCUUGCUCGAGGUGGUGUGGACGCUGCAGGGUCUCAGGCCUGGCUACUCGGAAGUCGAGGCCGCCGGCUCUCGAACAGUCUACCAGCGGGGAAAUAUCUCUCUUCCCAAGAUCGGCGCGGGCAACUUGGUUCUUACGGAGGUCCUCCCCGCUGAUCUGCAGACCAAGCUGGAGACUGGGCGCGGGCUGUUGCGAUCCCGAGUGGAGGCAGCAGCGCUAAUUCGCGAUGCAGGUGCUCCUCGUGCCAUGGACCCGAAGCUCGGGCAGCUCGGCUACGACUACGGCCACGCGCUGGGGGACAAGCGGUCGCGUCUCAUCUGCGACACCAGGACUCCCAACAUGCACUUUACCACUCCAGAGCACACGGCGCUCGCGACGGGCGAGGCGUUAUCCUCGCCGGAGGCGUCAGGAGUCACUAUGAUCGGCAUGAGUUCUGGAGACGUCGACUGCUGUUUCUAUCAAUAUGCAUUGCCGCCCUGGUGCAGGCGCUACUUCAACCUCCCGCUGAUCGAGAGUCGCUUCCUGCCUCCAGAGGUUCGGGGCACCUGCGGGCUGACGUUGAAGAGCGGCCAGGUUCGCUUUCGAUUCAAGGUGGUGCCCAUGGGAUGGAGCUGGGCAGUGCACUUUAUCCAAGAAGCUCACCUUCACCUCGUCAAGUCAGUUUUGCCAUCGCAGCCGCGGUGCUUGGACAAGUGUCCCGGCAUCGACUUGAACUCUGAGGAUGCCAAGGUCCUGUACAUAGACAAUUUUGCUGCGCUGUCUCAGUCGUCCGACCGCGCCGCCACCGCCGUCGCCGACAUGCAGGCGGCGCUCGCGGCCAAGGGCGUGGUCUCAGAGCUAGACCCCGCCCCAGCCGGGCGCGGCGAGCUGCUGGGAUGCGAGCUCGACUUGCAGACGGGCUGCUGGCACGUGCUGGGCCGCCGGCUAUGGCGAGUCUACGGUGCCCUCGAGCAUGUCCUCUCGGGUCGGGCCAAGGUCUCUGACCAGGAGCUCGAGCGUCUGAUUGGCCACCUGGUUUCCAUCCUGAUGCUGCGCCGGGAGGGGCUGGCCAUGCUGCACUCCUCAUACGAGUUCGCGCAGGCCUCCUACUCCAAGAGGCAGCCGCCCUGGAAAGGCGUGACCCGUGAGAUGGGCUGGGUCAAGGCGCUGCUACCUUGUCUUCGGGCCGACACCCGGCGCCCGUGGAGCGAGGUGGUCACUUGCUUCGACGCGCCCCCCUGGGGCUACGGCAUCGUGGAGACCGAGUGGGACCUCGAGGACGCGCAGCGCGUCGGCCGGGUCUCCGAGCGCGCCCGAUUCCGAGGCGUGCUCGCUGCCGAGGGCGCCCCCCGCGAGAGGGCGCUGGAGCAGGAGAUAGCGCGGGCGCCGGAGCCCGCCCUCCUGCUGGCAGGUCGCUCGGCAGGUUUCCCGGAGGUCGACUACGGCAAGAUGCACGCCCGGCCCUGGCGCGUAGUCGGCUGCGGCCGCUGGAAGCGCAAGGAGGCCAUCCACGCGACGGUCCGCCCCGACGCUUUCAGCCUCAAGGCCCCAAGAGCGUGCAUGGAGGUGGCGACGCUCCGGGCGGCGCCGCCCACGCCGGUGGCCUCGGCGAGCUGCCGCUCCGGCCCUCGCGCGCCGAGCGAGCGCAGGAGCCGUUCGCCUCGCCGCCCGGGCAGCCGCUGCCAGGGCAUGCCGAGGCGGGCCGUGGUGCCGGUGCUGGCCGGGCCCGGGAGCAGGCCAGACUUGGCUGGGCGGCGCGCAAGGCUUGGCCUCAGUCACUCGGAGAGCGACUUCGACCUGAGGAGGCGCCAGCUGUGCCCGCGCCAGACCCGCCUUGCGGCUGCCAAGGUCAGGCCUCGCACGCAGGAGCUCUACCUCGGGAUGAUCCUCGGCUUGGUGCGCUGGCUGAAUAUGGCCUUCCUCCCGGACUGGCCGCGCCACACGUGGGGCGAGACGCUGGCAGAGUACGCCGAGUCAAUCUACGACCGUGGGGGCUCCAAGGCGUCUACUCAGCGGCUGGCCCCGGCGCUGCUCUGGGCGGAGCCCGCCCUCCACAGGGCUGGGAUCCGCGAGGUCUUCCCCCUGACGCACCAGACGCUGAGGGGCUGGAACGUCCUGGAGCCGUCCAAAUCCAGACCGCCCGUCCCGUCCCUGGUGGUGCGGGCAGUGGCCUGCUGGCUGUGGCGGGCUGGGAAGCCGCUCAGUGGCUUGGCCGUUCUGAUCAUGUUCGAGACCUACAUGCGCCCCUCGGAAGUGCUGGCCCUGCGAGCAAGGCAAGUAGUCCUGCCGCUGCCAAAGGAGGGAGGCGCAUCGAUCUUCUUGACGUUCGUGGCGCGGGCCUCGGAAUACGAGAUCCCGACCAAGACCAACGAGCACGACCUCUCAGUUCCACUCGAUCUGCCCAUUCAGCAGUGGAUGGUGGACCCGAUCUCCUUUGUGCAAGCCCUUCGUGGGCCAGACGACCUCUUCCUGGGCCUGGGCUACAACCAACUGGCGGAGGACUUCCACAGCGCGACCUCCGCUCUGAGUGUGAGCUUUCAAG